AUGCUGAAGGGCACCCUGCUGUGCGCAGUGCUCGUGCUCCUGCGUGCCCAGCCCUUUCCCUGCCCGCGUGGCUGCAAAUGUGAAUUCCGGGACGCGGCGCAAUGCUCCGGGGGCGACGUGUCGCGCAUCGCCGCGCUCGGCCUGCCCACCAACCUCACGCACAUCCUGCUCUUCGGAAUGGGCCGGGGCACCUUGCUGAAUCACAGCUUCAGUGGCAUGACCGUCCUGCAACGCCUGAUACUGUCGAAGAGCCACAUUUCAGCCAUCGCCCCUGGCACCUUCAAUGACCUGAUAAAACUAAAAACCCUGAGGUUGUCGCACAACAAGAUCACUCAUCUUCCAGGAGGGCUCUUGGAUAAGAUGGUGCUCCUGGAACAGUUAUUUUUGAACAACAAUGAACUAAAGGGCAUUGACCAAAACAUGUUUCAGAAACUGGUUAACCUGAAGGAGCUCGUUUUAACCUACAAUCAACUCGUUUUCCUGCCUGCUAGCCUCUUCACACAUCUGGGGAACCUGAGGUUGUUGGAUUUAUCGGGAAACAAUUUGACCCACCUGCCCAAGGGAUUGCUUGUAGCACAGGUUAAGCUUGAGAAACUUCUGCUCCACUCUAACCAGCUGGUCUCUUUGGACUCGGUGCUGUUCAGUAGCCUGCGCGCCCUGACAGAGCUGCAGCUCUACAGAAACCACAUCCGUUCCAUCGCUCCCGGGGCCUUCGACAGGCUCCGCAACCUGAGCUGUUUGACUCUUUCUAGAAACCAGCUCGAGUUCCUGCCCUCUGCACUCUUUCUUCACUUGCACAAUUUGAGCCUCUUGACGCUGUUCGAGAACCCGCUGGAAGAGCUCCCGGCAGUGCUCUUCGGGGAGAUGGCGCGCCUGCAGGAGCUGUGGCUAAACGGCACCCAGCUGCGCACCCUGCCGGACGCCGCCUUCCGCAACCUGAGCCGCCUGCGGGCGUUAGGGGUGACCCUGAGCCCGCGUCUGAGCGUGCUCCCGGAGGGCGCCUUCCGGGGCCUCGGCGAGCUCCAGGUGCUCGCCCUGCACUCCAACAGCCUGGCCUCCUUGCCCGACGGCCUGCUGCGUGGCCUCCGCAGCCUCCGCCAAGUGUCGCUGCGCCACAACAUGCUGCGGACCCUGCCCCGCGCGUUUUUCCGCGACCUUCGCAGCCUGGAGGAGGUCCAGCUCGACCACAACCAGCUGGAGAUCCUGCCCGGCGACGUGUUUGGGAGUCUGCCCCGGCUGGCGGAGGUCCUGUUGGGACACAAUCCCUGGCGGUGCGACUGUGGCCUGCGGCCGUUCUUGGCGUGGCUGCAGCAGCACUCGCGCCUCCUGGGCGGAGCCGAGUCCCCGCAGUGCCGCAGCCCCGUGCUGCACGCUGGCCUGCCGCUCAGGGCACUGCGGAACAGUGACCUGGGGUGCCCAGGCACCGGGGGCCCGCCUCCUCACUCUCCCACGCCCUCCUGGCAGGCCGUGUCCACUGCCCGAGGUAUCCCUGCCUUGGUGCCUCACAGCUCAGACCGCUGCGCGUGGGCGCAGGCGGUGGCCGCGGGCGAGCAUCAAGACCAUAGUUGGUUCUGGGUUCUUUAUUUUCUGUUUUUAGCCACUCAGGCCGCAAUAACUGGGUUCAUUGUGUUUGCUAUGAUUCAACUCUGCCGGCUCUUUCGAAAAUUAAUCAGAGAGAGGGCCCUUUUUAGAAUCAGUGGGAAAAACUUUCAAUUAAUUAAAACGUAACCAGAGUAUUGUUAGAUGUGGCUCUGGGGAGAAUCCAGGCAGGCUGCUGGUGUCUUCCUUUUUCUUCUCCCUCCGCUUCUUACCCCUUCUCCCUCUCGCUCUCCCCUCUCCCCUCAAUCCCACUUCUCUGUCUCCCUCCUCCUCCUCCCUCUCCCUCCACAGAAUAGCCUUUACAUGUGUAAAUUGUGACUGUCAGCUUUGCUUUGUAACACACACACACACACACACACACACGCACGCACACACACGCUGUGUGCUCCUGGGUGUGGAUUGUGACGGUCCCACCCUUAAGCCCACUGUGCCAGGUGGAGAGACGGUCCCUUAAACGUUUACAGAGGAAGGAAGGGUGCAAAUGAGCCAGCCAACCCCAGGCUAGGGACCAGCUCCUGCACAUAGUAGGUGUCUGGUAAAUGUUUGUGAAAUGAAUGAAUAAAGUGAAUACACAUGGUCCAAGUGAUGGAGACUUCUCCUGAGGAAAAGGAUAGAUUGUUGUCAUUAUGUGCUUUCAUUUGAAAAGCAGAAGUCUUCCAGUUCUCUGUCCAGUUUUUUUCCCCUCACUUUCUGUAUCUCCCACCUGUGGGCUAUUUGGGAGAGCGCUGGACUCCAUUCAGUGCAUAGUUUCAGAGUAGACUUACUCUGUGAUAGACUGAAAGAUAAAAGAACACAGGGACUUCCCACCAGGAGCUCAGCCCUACCAUCAGAGCCCAGUGCCAAGGAGCAGGGGCUGUGGGGAGAGUGGGUGGAACAGAGGUUUGAGAGAGGAGUUAGGAACCCACCAGGAGGUCUAAGUAUGUGUGUCUGCAAAGAUUCCUGAAACUGCUAGGAGCAUGCAAUAUAUCAUUUGACACGGUGGUGGUGUUGUUUUCUAAGAUUUUUAUUGGAAAAUUGGGGAGGGGAACAGUGUG